AUGUUAGCCACAUUUCAAGGACGACCAGGUCGUCGCUACAUUAGCCUCUUUCUCUUCAUCGCCAUCACAUGGUUCCUGAUCCAUAACUUCCGCCCCUACGAGCGCUAUCGUACCGUGAGAAUUGGCACAUAUAACUAUCUUCCGAGUAGCUACGAUUGGAGCAAGCAGCAAGUCUUCCACCCAGUUGAGGAUAUCAAGAGCCCACCGAACGGCACGUUCAAACUACUGCCACGAAUUCAGAAAGAGCGCACCGAAGACUACAAAGAACACAGCGAAACCACGGCUAGGAAAGCGGCCAUCAAGCAAGCAUUUACCAAAAGCUGGGAAGCUUACAAGAAGCAUGCGUGGGGCUGGGAUGAGCUCGCACCCGUGUCCCUCCGCGGAAAGACGACAUUUUCUGGUUGGGCUGCUCAAAUCGUCGAUGCCCUCGACACUUUGUGGAUUCUUGAUAUGAAGGAUGAAUUCAGGGAAGCCGUCAAGGUUGUCGCCAUGAUCGAUUGGUCGCGGACUGGAGACGAAUAUCUCAAUCUGUUUGAGGUGGCUAUCCGCCAUCUCGGUGGCCUCCUCUCCGCCUACGAGCUUUCUGACGAAGCUGUUCUGCUCGGCAAGGCCAUUGAGCUAGGCGAAAUGCUGUACGCCGCGUUCGAUACCCCCAAUCGAUUGCCAUCCCACUGGCUCUAUUUCAAGGCUGCCAAGAGUGGCUCCCAGCAGGCGGACGCAUCCAUGUCUGGCGCUGCGGGAGGCUCAAUGUGCCUCGAGUUUACCCGACUGUCCCAGAUCACUGGCAACCCCAAGUACUACGAUGCUACUGAGCGCAUUAAGCAGUUCUUCUACCGUAACCAGGACAAGACCAAAAUUCCUGGCUUGUGGCCCCAUGUUAUGAACUACCGCGAUGAGAAAGUUGAUGAAGCUCGUUUUACCCUCGGCGCCGGCGCAGAUUCGCUCUACGAGUAUUUGCCCAAGAUGCAUGCUUUGUUGGGUGGCCUGGAUUCUGAGUAUGUCGAAAUGACCACCAAGGCACUUGAUACUGCUGUCAAGCAUAUUCUGUACAAGCCUCGUAACCCCGAGGACCUGGAUAUCUUAAUGUCUGGCAAUGUUUUGGCAGGCGAAGAGGGUAGCAAGCCUGAGCUGACCGCUGAGAUGCAGCAUUUGACAUGCUUUGUCGGUGGCACAUAUGCUCUGGCAGGUAAACUCCUUUCUCGGAGCGACUUCGUUGAUCUUGGCUCUCGUCUCACUGCUGGCUGUGUCUGGGCAUACGAUGCGUUCCCCACCAAUAUUAUGCCCGAAAUCGCUCAGCUUGAAGCUUGUGAGUCCAUCACCAGCAAGUGCCGCUGGAGUGACAAGCCUGUCGAGAAGAAGGAUAAGCUCCCAGAGGGUUUCAUUCGAGUUAGAAACUCAGAAUACCGCCUGCGCCCUGAGGCCAUCGAGAGCGUGUUUUACAUGUGGCGCAUCACAGGCGAUGAUGUCUGGCGUACUGCUGCUUGGCGUAUGUGGGAGGGCAUCGUCAAGCAGACCGAGACCCAAGAGGCUUUUGCUACAAUUAGUGACGUUAACAGGAAAGGUAGCGACAAGCGUGAUAACAUGGAGACAUUCUGGAUGUCAGAAACAAUCAAGUACUUCUAUCUCACAUUUGAUGAUCCCAACGUCAUCAACUUGGAUGAGUGGGUGCUCAACACUGAGGCUCAUCCCUUGAGGCGCCCCAAGGGUGAGGAAGUUGAGGUUCCCAAGAAAAAGACAACGUGGUGGAAAUUUGGCCAUUAA